UAUUUCUUGGUAGACAUUCUUCUUCUUCUAUAAAGAUUUUCAGAUCUUUUCCAAAUCCCUUUGCAAUUUUCCAACAAAGCUCUUCAAUUUCGUAGAAAAAGAGUUGGGAUCUUAAUAAACAUCAACAACACAAAAAGCCUAGGAAGAAGAUAUAGUUUCCUCUUUUUCAAGAAAAAGAACAAUUAUUUCUUCUGUUUUAAAACAAGUAGAUACUUUUUUAGAUUUUAAUCUCAGAUUUGAUUUUUCAAUUGAUUGCCGACUGAACCGAUCCGAAAUCCGUCAUACCCGGAAACCGACAAAACACACAAGUGGUCCACUCCUACUGAAUGGAACAUAUUCGGCUAUUCGGCUAACAUCACAUCCGGUCGUACAAGCUACUACUUUUAACUAGCAUGUGAUUCCACUAGUAUACAUAAACAAAUUCUGACUUAUUGUACAAAACUUUCACAAAACUCUUCACCUAUAUGUCCAUGAUCAUUGAAUGAAUGUGUUGUUCAUAAAUUGCCACUCACUUUUUCUCUCUUUAUUAAGCUUACAUUUUGAUAUCUUUCUCACUCUCCUUUCCUCUCUCUUUCUCAAUCUUCCUACAUCUUCUCCCUCCUUCCGAGAACGAAGAGAAUAUUGAAACCAGUAGUGCCACAACGUCUUCUUACUAAUGGCAGGAAAGUGUACAAGUUUCUACCAAGAAUUACUGGAAGGGUUACAUAUUUGUUUUUCAAGUAGAUAUGUUUCAAAAGCUGUUCCGGUUCAACAACUACCAGAAGAAAUGAUAGCUGAAAUUCUAAAAAGAUUACCUGUUAAAAUGCUGGUCCAGUGUAAAUCUGUAUGUAAAUCAUGGGCCAGACUCUUAAAGGAUCCAAUUUUCAUAAAUAUGCACCUUCGUUUCAAUUCUCCCACGCACAUCAUUCUCUUUAAUCAACACUAUAUGCAUUCCUUAUUUAUAUCUUUACCUCUUAACCCUAACCCCAACUCUGUUCUCAACACUCAACCACUUCGCCCUCCUCCAUGCGAACGUGAAUUCUCCAUCGAAGCUUAUUGCAAUGGUUUAUUGCUUAUAACAGUAAUCCAUGAAAAAUCUAUCAUUCUUUGGAACCCUUCUAUUUCACAAUACAGGGUGGUACCACCCUCACCAUUCUUUGAAAAUCAGCGUGGGUUUUGUAGGAAUUUUUGUGCAAUUGGUUAUAAUUCUUCUGAAAAUGAUUAUAAAAUUAUCACAUAUACUUAUUUUAAUCGCACUAAUUAUUUGGAACUUCUAUCUUUAAAUUCCAAUUCUUGGAAGCAGCUUCCAGAUGCAGAAAAUGCUCCUUAUAACAUGAAAAUGCUUGGUCAACGACCUGUAUCAAUAAAUGAUGCCAUAUAUUUGAUUGCGUGUGAUAAGGCAUCCUAUGAGGUGUUGCGCGAAGUAUUCCGUAUGAUUAUACGUAUUGAUUUAUGUCAAGAGAGGGUUUCAGUCGUGUCACCACCACCAAAUGAUACUGGACUAAAUAUAUAUUGGAUUGGUGAUAUCAACCAAUCUCUCUGCAUGCGUUACUAUAGUAAUGAGAACUACUUUCAUAUAUGGUCUACACGGGAUGAUAUCAAUUGGGUAAAACUCAUCACUGUUUCAAACAUCCCUGAGCCUAAUCUCAGGGGUCCAAGACCUUGUUAUGUUCCUUUGUGUUUCAAUGAAAAUGGAGAACUACUGAUAAGAAUUCUUAGUUAUGAUACUUUUCAUCGAAGAAGGCAUGGUUUGGUUGCUUUUGAUCCAAAUGAACAAAACUAUCGAGGAUUUGUUUUGCAAGAAAACACAAUAUGGUUGGAACAAACUAUUUACAGGGACAGUUUGGUUUUUCCUGAUGAACCCUCAAAUCAAACAUGUUCUCAUUCUUUUUCCGGUUCCCUUAAGAAAAUGUUGAUCAGAUUUUCACACACCAUCUUGAGUCGUUUCGCUUGUAAUGCUACCUCUAGGAUGAGGUUCUGA